UUUCGAGUAAAAUCAAAUGGUCAACUGCUUGGGACCCAUUUCGCGACCUAUAUAGUGGGUUUUGAUGUGAAGCGGUUUUUCCACUGGCCACCCCCAAGGCCCAAACCAACUCUCUCUAUCUCUCUCCCCGAAGAUUUGCAGAAAGCAGCACUUGGGAUAACGAAGCCAGGAAAUGCCGGGAAUAAGAGGUCCGUCGGAAUAUUCACAGGAACCGCCUCGUCACCCUUGUCUUAGAAUUAACGCCAAGGAGCCCUUCAAUGCCGAGCCACCUCGUUCAGCUUUGGUUUCAUCUUAUGUGACUCCGGUGGAUUUCUUCUACAAGAGAAAUCAUGGACCCAUCCCAAUAAUUGAUGACAUAGAAAGAUAUUGUGUUUCUAUAACUGGUCUUGUUGAUCAUCCCAAACUGCUGUUCAUGAAAGAUGUGUGGAACCUUCCAAAGUAUACUGUCACUGCCACUUUACAGUGUGCUGGUAAUAGGAGGACUGCGAUGAGCAAAACCAAAACUGUGAAAGGUGUUGGAUGGGAUGUUGCUGCCCUUGGAAAUGCUAUCUGGAGUGGGGCCAAGUUGGCAGAUGUUCUCGAGCUUGUCGGGAUACCUAAGUUGACAAGUGCUACACCAUCAGGUGGAAAGCAUGUUGAAUUCGUCAGCAUUGACAAGUGCAAGGAGGAGAAUGGAGGCCCAUAUAAGGCAUCGAUUCCAUUAUCUCAGGCCACUAACCCUCUGGCUGAUGUUUUGCUCGCAUAUGAGAUGAAUGGAGAGACUAUAAACAGGGACCAUGGAUAUCCAUUACGUGUAGUUGUCCCGGGUGUUAUUGGUGCUCGUUCUGUUAAAUGGCUUGAUUCCAUCAACAUAAUUGCUGAAGAAUGCCAGGGCUUCUUUAUGCAAAAAGACUAUAAAAUGUUUCCGCCUUCCGUAAAUUGGGAGAAUAUCAAUUGGUCUACGAGGAAGCCGCAAAUGGAUUUCCCCGUUCAGUGUGCAAUAUGUUCUUUAGAGGACUCAAACAUUGUAAAGCCUGGUAAGAUAACUAUCAAGGGAUAUGCAGUAUCAGGAGGUGGGCGUGGAAUUGAGAGAGUAGAUGUAUCCAUUGAUGGUGGCAAAACCUGGUUGGAAGCUUCCAGAUUCCAGAAGGCAGGCAUGCCAUACAUUGCCGAUGAUGAUUCGAGUAGCGACAAAUGGGCAUGGGUGUUUUUUGAGGUGGUCACUGAUGUUCCAAAGAAUGCUGAGAUAGUUGCUAAAGCGGUGGAUAUAGCCUCAAACGUUCAACCUGAAAAUGUGGAGAACAUUUGGAACUUGAGAGGAAUUCUGAACACUUCCUGGCAUCGGGUUCAUGUUCGGGUUGGUCACUCCAAUAUGUAGUUUGUGAACAGAACGAUGAGUAAUAUAUUUUCAUGCAAUGUGAAAUGGUAUCUGUUUUCCACAAAUGCUUCAAAUGUACACUUCUGGCUUUUGACGAAACAGUUUGUUUUCUGAAGGAUUCUGAUAGUCUGAACAUGUAUCUUUGUUUCUCCUCAAUAAGGAAGAAUUAUUCAGUGAUCACUGAAUAAUCUCUCCUCAAUAAGACAGUAGCACUUUUAAGCUUUCA